AUGUCCUUCAGAAACGUAUAUCGUAAACUCAAAAGCUGUCAAUUAGAAAUAACUUGUUCAGAAUUUCUCGUUAAUAGAGAAUAUACUACCCCCUCCAACAAAAAAGAUCUGUUCUCCAACGCAGAUAGAGGCUUCUUCACAGACAAUAAGGGAGACAGUAGUAAAAACACUGAAGAAAUCAGAGCUCAAGAGAAAGAUAAAGAUAAAGAUAAUCUACCAGUAACGGCGCUACCGACAGCCCUACGAGUACAAGUAAAGGCACAUCGACCGAGUCAUCCAAUAGCCAAAGAAAAGAUUCCCAAGGGAUUCGAGAAUUUCUUCAAAUAA